AUGAGCAUUAAUGUACAAGAUGAUGAAAAUAAUGAAUUGCAAGAUCAUGCAAUAUUUUUGUUUUCAAUCAUUCCAUCUCAGGCUCUUCUUGGUAAUAAACAUACUCAAUUAGACUUGUUAUAUCUUGAAUUUAUUGCAAAAAUUAGGUUUUUUUAUAUUUCAAAUAUAGAAAAAGAAUUGCAAAUUUAUAGCAAAGAUAUUAUUAAGAAUGAACUAAAAGAAAAAUUUGACCAAUUGACAUCCAUACAACAAAUAGAAAUUUUAGAAAAUAAAAACAUAAUAAUUUACAACAAAUAUUAUCUACUAAUUUAA